CGUGUCUCUCACACAAGACUCCGUGUAAACACUGACGACAACUUCCGGUUAUUUUAAUAUUAAAAUAUUUUAUAUUUUACUUUCUCAACAACAAGAAAAACAAUUAUAUGAAGUACGAAAGCAAAGAUUUACAUAUUAUCGUCACAACUUAUUUGAUUAUAUAACAAGACAUACUUUAAAACAUUUGAAACUCAAAGAAUGGAGAGGGGUAGAACAUAUGUGUCAUAUCAGCGGAAUCCAGGCUUCUGUGACAGAGUUGGAAGUAGCCUUGUGGGAAUUCUGGUUGGACUUGUACUGUUAGUGGCUGGGUCAUGUUUAUUAUUUUGGAAUGAGGGAAGAGCAGUCCAGACAGCAAAAUCCCUUGAUGAAGGUUUAAACAUGGUGGUGAAGUUGCCGAAUACACAAGUUGUGUCUAUGGAGAACAAUGGAAAACUUGUGCAUUUGACAGGGGAACUUCAAACAGAUCAGUCAUUGAAUGACCCUGAGUACAGAGUGUCUGUUCAUGCAGUGAAGUUAAACAGAGUGGUAGAGAUGUACCAGUGGGAAGAACAUGUAACAGAAAGGAAAUAUGAUCAAGGAAAUGGUGAAACAAGGGUGGAGAAAGAAUAUUCAUACAGUCAGAAAUGGUCAUCUGUGGUUAUAAGAAGUAACGGAUUUGAUGAUUCUAUCAACCACAGAAAUCCAGGAUCAAUGCCAGUGGAAAGCAGGUCGUAUGUAGCUCCAAAUGUCAAUGUCGGUGAAUUCAUUCUUUCAGAAGGGCUAAAGUCACGAAUCAAGAAUUUUCAGCAGUUACGGUUAGACCAUCAUCAUGUGUCUGACAGACAUGAUGUUAAAGUAUUUGAUGGUAUGAUAUAUCACAGUUUGAACCCUUCAUACCCACAGGUUGGAGAUACUAGAAUAAAGUUUGAGUAUGCAGGAAUUAGUGGGAAAUCUCAAAUUGGUCCACAAACUGUGGUAAGCAUAGUGGCCAGGCAGAUUAAUGCAAAGUUAUUACCAUACCAGACAAUUGCAGGAGAUACUCUUGAAAUCUUGUAUGAAGGAAGCUAUUCUGCAAAGGAGAUAUUUGGUAAAGAAAAGAUGCAGAACUCUAUAUUUACCUGGGCCAUUAGAUUUGGCGGGUGGCUGCUCAUGUUUAUUGGAUUUACAUGUUUAACCAGUAUAGUUACAACUCUAGUUGACUGGUUACCUAUCAUAAGAGAUGUUAUGGCAAUGGGAGUGUGUUUAAUGAACUUAAGUUUGUCUAUCAGUCUGUCAUUAACAAUCAUAGCUAUAGGAUGGAUCUUCUACAGGCCACUGCUAGGGUUCUCAAUUCUAGCCUUGGCUCUUACACCUUUUAUUGUGUCUAAAGUAAAGAACAGUUCAUCAAGAAGAAUUGACUGAUCUCAGGGUGAAAGAUGUCACAAGAAAAUUGUUCGAUUUUAUAUCUAAAAAUCAAAAGUAUUGCUUCAUUUUAUAGAAUUUUGUAUUUUUCCAGCUCAAAGCUUUUUUCCUUUUUUUAUUAUUUUUUAACAGUUAGUAACUUUGAAAUCCUUGAUUUUUUAUUUGUCUCAUAAUUAUUGAUAAAAUCCCAGUGUGGUGUGUAUUUUGGUAGAUAUGUUUUGUUUUUGGUUGUUGUUU